UCUGUUCGGUGGCCGCUUCCUGUAUUUUUUCUCCGACCUGUGCAGUUGUUGUGUGGUUGCUCCUAGGGACCCCAUGGCCGAGGGGGACGUAGGGAGCGACCAGAGGCAGAAUGAGGAAAUUGAAGCAAUGGCAGCCAUUUAUGGCGAGGAGUGGUGUGUCAUUGACGAUUCUGCCAAAAUAUUUUGUAUUAGAAUCAGCGAUAACAUAGAUGAUCCCAAAUGGACAGUUUGCUUGCAGGUGAAUUUACCGAGUGAGUACCCAGGUACAGCACCGCCCGUUUAUCAGCUGAAUGCUCCUUGGUUGAAAGGACAAGAACGUGCAGACUUAUCAAACAGCCUUGAGGAGAUAUAUAUACAGAAUAUUGGUGAAAGUAUUCUUUAUCUGUGGGUGGAGAAAAUAAGAGAUGUUCUGAUACAGAAGUCCCAGACGGCAGAGCCAGGCCCAGAUGUAAAGAAAAAAACUGAAGAGGAAGAUGUUGAAUGUGAAAAUGUAGAGUAUCAGCGAGAAAAUGCAGUUCAAACAUUAGACUUCAACAUCAGUGAACAUGCACCAGAAAUAGAAGAAUUGCCUCCAGUUGAUCAUGGCGUUCCUAUUACAGACCGAAGGAGCACUUUUCAGGCACAUGUGGCCCCCGUAGUCUGUCCUAAGCAGGUGAAAAUGGUUCUUGCCAAGUUGUAUGAAAACAAGAAAAUAGCCAGUGCCACCCACAAUAUCUAUGCCUAUAGGAUAUACUGUGAGGACAAGCAGACCUUCUUACAGGACUGCGAGGAUGAUGGAGAAACAGCUGCUGGGGGCCGUCUUCUUCAUCUCAUGGAGAUUUUGAACGUGAAGAAUGUCAUGGUGGUGGUGUCCCGUUGGUAUGGAGGAAUUCUGCUAGGACCCGAUCGUUUCAAACACAUCAACAACUGUGCCAGGAAUAUACUGGUAGAGAAGAACUUCACAAGUUCACCUGAGGAGUCUUCUAAGAGUUUGGGAAAGAAGAAAGUAAAGAAAGACAAGAAGAGGAGUGAGCAUUAAUACUUGAAACUGUAUAAAAGGUUAAUUUUCGAGUCAUAUGUACACAUUCCACAGUGGUUAAUGAACACGCAAAGCUGACACGCUGGAUAGCUCGAGUCAGCCACCAUCGUGGACAGCAGCAUACUACGUUUCCUUCUUUGGUUCUAUCAUUUGCCGGAAAUAGAGAAUUUAGGAUCUAUUCCCGUGUGUGUCAGGCUUGUGCAGAAGAACUGACACAAGCUUAAUUACCAUUCCCUAUAACUCGGAGGUGUACCCGAGCUGACUGUCCAUUUCAGUUUGUCAGGUGCCUUCGUUUAGCGGGGAGACAUGACUUCAAAUGACCAUUAAUGCCUGGUUUCUUGUGGUAGAAAUUCCCAUACUGUUGCGUAAACAUGCUUUAGCGCUCCCUGUAGCUUAUUAGAGUGGGAGCUUGUUGAAGACUGACAUCUUGGAGAGUCUUUUCCUUGUGAUUUCACAAGCUUGUCACGUUUCAUUUUGUAGUGUUCAUCAUGGAGUAAUAGAUUAAGUAAAAAUCCAGAAGUAUUCAUUUGUGAUUAUGUGCCAAGUGUUUAUCAUGAGUGACAGAUGAAGUGACAUCCAGAAGUAUUCACCUGUGAUUAUGUGCCAAGUGUUAUUCCUCAGUAUUGUUGCAAAUUGGUCGCAACAGUUUGUAAAAUUUUAAAAAGUGAUUUUUUUAGUUUCUGCCUUUUGUUAUAAUUUCUGUAGUGGAGCAUAGUGAACCAAGGCUCUGGGGCUCUUGCAUUCCGCAAGUGUGUUGAUGACCUAUUACAGUGUUGCUGGACAACCUGGAAGCCCCUUCUGUGUGCUCUUCCCUGUGCUGUGCCCGACGUAGGGAUGCUGAGAGAAUAAGGUAGAGGUGGCAGAAUGCCACUGAUGCGGGCUGAGAACUGGACUAGUUUGAUGCACACUUGCUCGACUCUUUUAGUUCUGUGGUUUUUGCUGAGAGGUGGAGGGACAGAUGUUUUCAUUAGAAAAAAAGUUUUUGUCUACAAAUUCUUGGCAAAUCUCCCUUUUGAAAAGUGUUUUAUUUCUUUAAUUUUUUUCACUUGCAUGUUACUUGUAAGGAAAAAGACUGGGAGUUUCCCUUUGAGAUGUAGGUAAGUGGUGCGCUGUUAUCUUUCAGACAUGAUGCCAACAAUUACUAAGUUGAUCAAGUGAUUACAGGCUUGUUUGACUUCACUCCCAAGAAUGGGAUAAGAAGUUAGGAAGCAGCUUUGGGAUGGUACUGGAACGUGGAGCGUGUCAGGUUGGGCAGAUGUUUUUCUUUACCCUUCAACCCUGAAAGAUCCACACCCUCACUUGGUAUUUUAAAUAGGAAUCCAGGACCCAGCUGUACACUAGAGUGGGUUCUGAGACAGAAGUCUUAUUUUCAACAUUAUUUCAUGUUGUAAGUUAUCGAGAAUUAUAGGAUGACCUAUAUGUGUGUAUUUGGAGCACUUAACCUCUGUUUCCAUGAAAUGCUGAGUAUAUCCUAUGUAUUAACUUACGGAAGUUAAACAUUAUUUGCUAAAGAUAAUUUCACAGUCUUGACAUUUCAGACAUGUGGAAAGCGAUAAAAGCACUAAGAUUUAUGCUGCAGGCUGAAGGAGUAAUUUUUCCAGCAUUCUGGUUUUGAGUUUCUUCCCUGGUGUUUUGUCUAAAAUGCAUUAGUGUUUACAGAAGACAAAACAUUUUUUAUAUCUCUGACCUCAUUUUCCUUCACUUAAAAAAUGUUGUUUUCUUAAUUUUGUAAGAUUACUAACAGUGUUUUGUGGGUUGAGCUCCUUAGCCUUCUUCUCUUCAGAUGGGAGCAGAUAUCCCAAAUUCCUCAGUUCUAACCCCUGAAAAUACAUGGUUCACACUUACCAUCAAUACAAAAUAAUGAUAACAUAUUUUUCUCUAUUAAAAUAGAGAAAAAUCAUUUGUAGAGAAUUUUCUAGUUCUCCAAAUAAUACCUUUUUAUAGCCAGGCAUCUACUGUGGUGUUCUCUAUAUUAUUUUAGUUAAAAUGGUCUUCCCAUGCCAAUAUAAAGGUAGCAUCUACUUUGAUGGGCAUAGAUAGCAUUAGCUGCAUAAGGAGGUAUUUGUGUGCCUCGAUACAGGCUGCUGAGAGGAAAUUAGUUAAAACCAAUCACAGAACAGAUGAAGCAGAUACUGUGUGCAGGGCAGGUUCAGUGUAUUGGGAAAGCUUUAACCACAUCCAGUUCACUAAAGAGAUAACCAUAAAUGGUGUAUUUAGUUCUUAUUUUUUUCUUAUGCAUGGUUUUGUAUAUAUGGUUAUUUUUAUUUCCAUAAAAAUGGUAUUAAGGUCUAUAUACUGUUUUUUAUCCUAUACAUUUCAUAUAGAAGUAUAUUGUUAACAUUUUCCCAUAUCAAUAAAUAUUAUU